AUGUGCUGCUCAGCAGACUGCUUCCUUGCCAUUAUUGCCGUUCUCUUUCCUCCUAUAGCUGUAUGGGUAAAAGUUGGCAUCUGCUCUGCCGACUCCCUCAUCAACAUCGCCCUCCUCAUUCUCGGCUACAUCCCCGGCCUGCUGCAUGCCUGGUACAUAAUCCUACAGUACCCUGAGAACGAGGACUAUCCGGCCGGCUACCAACCCAUUGUAGGCGCAAAUGGAUGUCAUCCUGACACCGAGGCCGGAAGAGUGACAUACUACUACGUAUCGCAUCAACCACCAAUCCAUCAUUCCGGCUGUCAUCCUCAUCCCCAGAGAUCGUAUGGAACUACACAGCCGCCUGUCGUCAACACAGCAACGAGACCAGUACCGCAGUCGACAUCCAAUAAUCACCAGGCUGGCACCAACGGAGCUCCUGGGGAGGUUGCAACUGGGGAAGGGUGCAGCGGCAAUCGGAUCCAAGGACCACCCACGUACGCGGAGGCCGUGAAGGGGGAUUAUAAGAUACAAACUCAAGACUGA